GGAAUGGAUAAACUGCUGCGCGCGCUGCUUGCUGGGACGGAUCCAACAUGGCGGCUCGGGCGAUAACAGCCGCUCGUUUCGCGAGAAAAUCGCUGGCUUCAUUGGCUUUACGAAACGGCAUCUUCCCCAGAACAACAGUGGCAGCAUACCACAAUGCACAAAGCAACCCCCCUCUAGCAUCUCCAACGAUGGAUAAUAGGACCGCCAAGGACACAAGCUGGCCCCAAGACGGCUUUGAACUCGGAGACUACCCCAACCUGCCUCAUGUCUCGUCACAGCGGCGCCAGUUUGAGGGGUGGUGGGAUGUUCAGGACAGAAGAAACUUUAACGAGCCGAUCCAUGAGGAUGAAGAUGGCUUGAAUAUCUGGUUGUGGACAGAAGUGGAAUGCAAUGACAAGUACACCCCCACUGAGGCCCUCACACACUGGCUGACAGCAUUUGGGUUGCUGGGUGUGGUCGGAUUCCUCUCCUAUCUGUAUGAUGCUGCCAAUGAAAGGCCUGAUCUACCAAGAGAGUUCCCGUUUGACAAUCUCUACCUUGAGAGGGGAGGAGACCCGGCCAAAGACCCAGCCCAGGAAACUGGCAAAGUGACCAAUACCUUAUGUGGCAUGUGAUGACUGCCACGCCUGUUUAACCUAUAUGGAAUUUGUAGUCCAACUUGUGUGCAAUGACUUUAUGAAAUAUUUUCUUUGAUGUAAGUGUAAAUAAUGUUCUGGCGAAAAAAAUUAAAGUUAUAAACAAAA